AUGCAGAGCAGCAGCAGCAGCAGCAGCAGCAACAGCAACAGCAGCAGCAGCAACAGCAGCAGCCAUGUCGUAGUUAAAAGAGAGAAAACACUUGUGGAGGAAGAGCAGCAGCGCCAGCAGCAAGAGCAGCAGCAACAGCAGCAGCAGCAGCAACAGCAGCAACAGCAGCAGCAACAGCAACAGCAGCAGCAGCAGCAGCAACAGCAACAGCAGCAGCGGCAGCAGCAACAGCAACAGGGGAGAACCAGCAGCCAGCUGCGCAGCAGCUUGAGCAUACUAUAA